AUGUCUGUAAUUUUUACAAUUGGAAAAAAAGCUACUGAAAUAAUCAACGGUAACAGUUCCCCACUAACAAAAGUACGAAGGGCAAAUUGUCGUGAGUCAAAAAGCUCAACAAGCAGCUGCUAUCAACCGUCAGAAAAUGUCAUUGUAUGGAAUAUAGACUUAGAUGGAAAUCAAGUCAGUCUGGCUUAUUGUACGGAUACACAGAUUUUAUGGUGCAAUGACCAACAAAUUCAACUCCAGGGAAAGUCUGAAGGUAAACGACAAGAAUACACCUUUUCCAUUAAGAGUCACAGAGGUUCACUGUUACUUUCCGACGAUACAACAGAGAAAGUCCCUACUUGUAGACUAUAUAUUGAUGGCAGUGAAGUCAAGCAUCAUAAAUGCAAAUAA